ACUAAGCUAGUUUUGAACGAAUUGAGCUCGUGCACUUCUAAAGCUUUGGUCAUCUCUGCUCGUGCGGAGAACAAUUUCGAGAGAUCUAAUCUCCUCUGUCUCGAAAAUUUCCAUGUUUAUGUAUCAAUAAAUUUUCCGGCCGUUGAAUUAUAUGAUCUUAAAUCCAAUGUCGGAAAACCUCUGGACACAAAAGUUUUCGGGGCAGACAGGAUCUGCCCUCCAAUUUCAGACCCACGAGUGAAUCACUCAACCUAGGCGGGAAGCAAAUACGUAGUAGUAUUGGAGAGAGAGAGAGAGAGAUGUCGUCCAACAACGUAGUAGUCCUCGACAACGGCGCCGGGCUAAUAAAGGCCGGCAUCGGCGGCAACCUCGACCCAACAGCCAUCCUCCCCAACUGCCUAGCCCGUCCUCUCUCCUCCAAGAAAUUCCUCCACCUCUCCGACCACAACGCCACCGCCGCUUUCGACCUCACCUCCGCGGCCGUCCGCCGCCCCCUCGACCGCGGCUACCUCAUCAACCCCGACCUCCAGCGCGAAAUCUGGUCCAACCUGUUCAGCAACGUCCUCAAGAUAAACCCUUCUCAUUCCUCUCUCCUCCUCGUCGAGCCCCUCUUCAACCUCCCUUCGCUGCAGCGCGCUGCUGAUGAGCUCGUGUUUGAGGAGUUUGGGUUUGAGUCGCUCUUCGUUGCGGAUUCUCCGUCCCUUGUACAUCUCUACGAGGCCAGCCGGAGCAGGCCGUCCAACGGCGUUGUUUCCAAAACCCAGGCCAGCCUUAUCGUCGACUGCGGAUUCUCUUUUACCCAUGCUGCUCCGGUUUUCCAGAACUUCACUGUGAAUUAUGCUGUUAAGAGGCUUGAUUUGGGUGGGAAAGCCCUGACUAACUAUUUGAAGGAGUUGGUUUCAUAUCGUGCUGUUAAUGUUAUGGAUGAGACCUUCAUUAUGGAUGACGUGAAGGAGAAGUUGUGCUUCAUUUCGCUUGAUGUUGCCCGUGAUUUGCAGGUUGCAAGAAAACCUGGGAGGGACAACUACUUCAGGUGCACAUAUGUGCUUCCAGAUGGAGUCACACAUACAAAGGGUUUUGUAAAAGACCCAGAUGAAGCUAAUCGAUGUUUAACUUCUAAGGAUGGAGCCCCGAAAGACGAUAUGGAAUAUCCGGAGGUUACCGAAAAAGCAGAGGAUAGAAAGAGAGUUGAUCUAACAAAAAAUGAGUUUAGCUUGACAAAUGAGCGCUUCCUUGUGCCAGAAAUGAUAUUCCGUCCUGCUGAUUUAGGAAUGAACCAGGCCGGACUUGCGGAGUGCAUUGUUCGAGCUGUCAAUUCCUGCCAUGUUUAUCUUCACCCUGUACUUUAUGAGAGCAUUAUCUUGACUGGUGGAAGCUCAUUAUUUCCUCGAUUUGCUGAAAGACUAGAAAAGGAGCUCCGGCCUCUUGUCCCUGAUGACUAUCAAGUGAAAAUAACAACUCAAGAAGAUCCUGUAUUAGGUGUUUGGCGAGGAGGUUCACUCCUGGCAUCUAGUCCUGAUUUUGAAACAAUGUGCGUCACCAAAGCUGAGUAUGAGGAGCUUGGAUCUGCUCGGUGUCGCAGGCGGUUCUUUCAUUAAACAUCUGAAGUAUUGAAGGUUUGAGAAUUAAUAUCCUUGUAUUGUCUAAUGGUGCUACUUUGGAGAAAAGGGAAGAUAAGAAGCACUAGGGUUUUCCAUACACGAAGGCCUACGCGCUAGGCUCCACAAAUAUUUGCAUGAUUCUUGUGGAUCUUGGGGCUCAUUCAUCUUCAGCUCAAGAGCGCUCGAUCAGUGAGCUAUUAUGCACUCUUUCAAAAGUGUAGUUUAAAGGAGUUCAUCAUAGUCACACUUUAAUGACGUGCUGGCUUCUUAGGUUUUUUCCCUGGUUUUAUAUUCGAGGAUAUGAUUUGGCUUCCCAUUUUUGGCACAGAAGCUGGAUUGUUAACCACGCAAUGAAGUUCGAACGGGACAGCAACUUGCGAUAAACUUGCAAGUGGGGAAUUUCUUGUCAGAAAGUGUUUGGCCAGCGAAGAAGAGAUUCCGCGAGUGACUCUUGGUUAGUACUGCAGUGUGCAACUGUAUUUAGCUCUCUGGUGCACUUAAACCUCCAGAAGACAUGAAGUUUCGUUCAAGAAAUUCUCUUGGAAGUGCAGACUGCUAACACCUAACAUGAUAGGGUUCACACUCAUCCUUGACUUGGCCAUUUUGAAUGUUUAUUCAGUCAGCCUCCAAUUUACAUUGUAAAUGUAAAUUGAAUCUUUUGAGAUCGUUAUUUGCUUUGUAAGAGUCCCACAAACUAUACCUUCAAUUUUAUUGUUCUAUAUAUAUGCCAUUGUAAUC